CGCUGAUUGGUUACCUCCGUCUUGACUCCGCCCAACCAGGAAGAAGCGUCCGUUCUGAUGACGUCGAGUGUUGUUGGUCAUGAUGGCGUCUUUCACAGAUCUGCCUCACUCAGAUCACCCUGAGAAGGAAACUAGAGAGAAACUGUCUCACUGGGACCAGCGAGCUGAUCCAAUGGCGCCGUUAACCGACAGACAGACGGACUCGAUUCUUGAGAUGCGCGGCGCCGCUGAGGUGACUCCGAUUCCAGCUGAACUCCCUAUUGAAGACAUCUGCAGUCUGACGUCUCGUUCCCUGCGCUCCUCUUUCACUACAACUCUGCCAGCGUCCACAGAGGGGGUUCUUCUGCAGGGAUUUCAAAUGCUGGAUUUGGAGAACGAAAGAAUAGAGACGGCUCAACAGUUCUUUUCCUGGUUCUCAAAGCUCCAGACUCAGAUGGAUCAAGAUGAAGUUGUGAAAUACAGGAAGUCUCGAGAUGUGCUGAACCGCUAUCGGGAGCAGUGUGACGCCAUUCUGACUGAUGUCAACACGGCUCUGCAGCACUUGGACUCUCUACAGAAACAAUAUCUCUUUGUAUCCACGAAAACAGGAACGCUCCACGAAGCCUGCGAACAGCUGCUGAAGGAGCAGUCGGAGCUGGUGGAUCUAGCUGAGAGCAUUCAAGAGAAACUUUCAUAUUUUAACGAACUAGAAAACAUAAAUACGAAACUGAACUCGCCAACAUUAUCAGUGAACAGCGAGGGAUUUAUACCAGUGCUCUCCAGACUAGAUGAAUGCAUAGAAUACGUUUCAUCACAUCCCAAUUUCAAAGACUACCCCAUCUGUCUCACCAAAUUCAAGCAGUGUCUGUCCAAAGUGAUGCAUCUAAUCAAGAUUCACACUGUGAACACGAUGCAGACGCUCACCGGACAGCUCACUAAACGAGACCCGAUGGGUGUCCCGAACGCAGAUAACGCUUUCACGCUGUACUAUGUGAAGUUCAGAGCAGCAGCACCUAAAGUUCGACGGCUGAUUGAGCAAGUUGAACAGCGAUCUGAAAAGAUUCCUGAGUAUCAGCAGUUGUUGGAUGAGAUUCACCAGUGUUAUCUGGACCAGAGAGAAGUUCUGCUCAGUCCCAGUAUAAACUCCACCAUCACAGAUCUCACCAGCCAGAACAACAAGGAUCACUGCGCAUUGGUGCGCAGUGGCUGUUCGUUCAUGGUCCAUGUUUGUCAAGAUGAGCAUCAGCUGUUCAGUGAGUUCUUCUCCAAACCCACAUCUAAACUGGACGAGCUCCUGGAGAAACUGUGUUUGUCACUGUACGACGUUCUGAGACCACUGAUCAUCCAUGUCGUUCAUCUGGAGACGCUCUCUGAACUCUGUGGAAUCCUGAAGAACGAGAUGCUGGAAGAUCACGUUCAAAACAACGCGCUGCAGCUGGCUGCGUUUGAUGCAGCUGUGAAGCAGAUGUUGGAGGAUGUUCAGGAGCGAUUGGUGUACCGAACACACAUAUACAUCCAGACUGACAUCACUGGAUACAACCCUGCACCGGGAGACCUUGCCUACCCCGACAAACUGGUGAUGAUGGAGAAAAUCGCUCAGAGUCUGAAAGAGGAGCAGAUGAAGUUGACGUCCAACAGCUCUUUCUCUGACGUGCAGCUGGAAGAAUCGGACAAUAAAAAAAUCAGCCCAGAUCCUCGAUUACAGAGCAGCGUUUCUCCAGCGGAUCUGCACGGCAUGUGGUACCCAACUGUCAGACGCACGCUAGUGUGCUUGUCCAAACUCUACCGCUGUAUAGACAGGGCAGUGUUUCAGGGUCUGUCACAAGAAGCGCUCUCUGCCUGCAUCCUGUCACUUCUCAAAGCCUCAGAUGUCAUUCAAAAGAACAAGACUCCGAUCGACACGCAGCUCUUCCUCAUCAAACAUCUGCUCAUCAUGAGGGAACAGAUCGCGCCGUUUCACGCCGACUUCGCCAUUAAAGAGAUUUUUCUGGAUUUGAAGAAGACCAGAGACGCCGCGUUAAAAAUGUUCAACCCGAUGGCUGUGCCCAAAUUCUUCCGGCUGAACAGUCACAAUGCAAUCCUGGAGUUUUUACUAGAGGGCACACCUGAGAUAAAAGAGCACUACAUCGACUCAAAGAAGGACGUGGAUCGGUAUCUAAAGUCCAGCUGUGAGGAGUUCAUACAUCAGCAGACCAACAUGUUUGUGGGCAAUCUGGAAGAAUUCCUCACCAAGGUAGGAGCUCUAAAAACAAUGGCUGUUCAAGGAGGACCGACAUACAGUCUCUCUCAGCAGCCGUGGGCACAGCCGGCCAAAAUAAAUGACCUUGUGAUGGCUACAUAUCGAAUAAUGAAAAACAAGCUCCCCGGUACGUUACAAAGCAUGUCUUUAUAUCUGGCCAAUAAAGACACGGAGUUCAUUCUAUUCAAGCCGGUCAGGAACAAUAUUCAGCAGGUGUUCCAGCGACUGCACGCGUUACUGCAGGAAGAGUACAGCGGAGAGGAUCUGCAGAUCAUUGCAUGCCCAUCCAUGGAGCAGAUAAAUCUGCUGCUCUCGAUGAAGUGAAGUGCGCUGGACACUCAUCCUCUGACCACGGCAACACUGAGAGAGGAGACCAGAACCCUUCGUGAGGGUCUCGUCCUGAACGGUCCAGACAGGUUUCGGAGAUAAACAAGUCUUUGAGGUUUUUCCGCCAGAGACCGUGUGCUCCCCAUUCCAAGCCUGAACGCUCUUUAAAGGCGGCUCUGUUGCUGUUGCUUGAUGGUCACACUUUUAUUUUGCAGAGACGAAUAUUGUCCACUUGGUGGCGCUGUGGUUCAGAGAAUAAAUAUAGACAUGAAUAGAGAGGAAGUGCAUUUAUUGGUGAAGGAAACUAGAUGUGCAUAAAACAUAUUUAUUACAAAUAAGCAUUACAUUUUGUUAUUAUUGUCUCACCCUCAAGUUGUUCCAAACCCAUAUUCUGUUUUUCAUUCUGUGGAACCUUACAGGAGAAUUGAGGAAUAUUCAGGCAGCUCUUUUCCAUACAAGUGUUCAUAGUGACUACGACUGUCCAUAUGUGCUGUUUUCCCAAAUGUAAGUGUUUAUUCACUGAAAAUCUGCCAAAUCUUAUUUGAGUCCACAGCAGAUGCAAAAGUCAUGGCAAACGCGAUUGGUUCUUGUGUGUCACGUGACCGAGCAACAACUUAAAGUCAUACUGACUACUUUUAUGGGUUUUGGUGAGAGUAAUAAGUACUAUUUCAUAUAUAGUUCACUUCCUUUUUGCCAUGAAUGACAUGUUUUGUGCUGUUUGGUGUGAAUGUGAUGUAAAUCAUGUACUGAUCUGAACUAAAGAGCUGAAGGUUUAUUUACUCCUAAACUUCUGGACCUUCACAAGUUGGAAAUAAGAUUCGGUGCAGUCGUAAGGUAUUAAACAUUGAUUAAAAUCUUUCCAAAAGCUUUUCUAGAAAUGAGCUCUUUUGAUUUCUAUCUGGUUAUUUUUUUGAAUGGUGCUUUUAGGGCCGAUAUAAAUCGUAAUUUUCUCCGGCGUUAUUGGAAUGGCAUUUCCUCUAUCUUCAACAGCAGCUCAUCUGUCUGACCUUCAGCCUCAGCGCUAAAGAGCGACUUCAGAAAUAACUUAAGAACGCUGUUCCGGAUGCCUUGGGUUCUGCCAUUUCAUCGCAAUAAAAUAGCCGAUGAUGACUUGUGUGAGUAAUAAUUCAGUUUGGAGAGCAAAUGGCUUAUAAACCAUGAAUAUUCUGUUUUCACUCGUUUCAUCAGCAUGUGUUUGUGCUCGUGUGAAUUCACUCCAGAAUAUUUUCAACUAAAUUGACGUUCAACUCAAGAAUCAAGAUUAUUAUUGUUCAUAUGAUCUGUCUCUCUAUCUGUUUGUCUGUCUAUCUUUAUAUCUGUCUUUCUAUCUGUUUAUCCUUCUGUCUGUCUGUCUUUAUCUGUCUGUUUAUUUGUUGGUCUGUCUAUUUGUUUAACUGUUUAUCUAUCUACCUGUCUGUCUACCAUCACCGUCUCUCUGUUAUCUAUCUCUAUGUAUGUCUGUCUGUCUCUGUUUGUUUCUCUGUCUAUCUGUCUGUCUAUCCAUCUUUAUAUCUGUCUGUCUAUCCCUCUGUCUUUCUAUUUGUCGAUCUGUCUAUCUCUCUGUCUGUCUGUCUAUCCCUCUAUCUGUCUAUCCAUCUGUCUGUCUAUCCAUCUGUCUAUCUAUCUGUUUAUCUGUCUAUUUGUCUAUCUGUUUGUCUAUCCCUCUAUCUGUCUAUCCCUCUGUCUGUCUAUCCAUCUGUCUAUCUAUCUGUUUAUCUGUCUAUUUGUCUAUCUGUUUGUCUAUCCCUCUAUCUGUCUAUCCAUCUGUCUGUCUAUCCAUCUGUCUAUCUAUCUGUUUAUCUGUCUAUUUGUCUAUCUGUUUGUCUAUCCCUCUAUCUGUCUAUCCCUCUGUCUCUCUGUCUAUCCAUCUGUCUGUCUAUUUGUCUGUCUGUAUGUAUGUCUCUGUCUGUUUAUCUAUCUAUUUAUCUGUCUGUCUGUCUAUUUAUCUGUCUGUCUGUCUGUUGGCCUGUCUAUUUGUUUAUCUGUCUGCCCAUCAUCAUUCAUUUUCUGUCCAUCAAUUUAUCUAUCUAUAUGUCUGUCUGUCAUCACUAUAUGUAUGUCUGUCUGUCUGUCUAUCCAUCUUUAUGUCUGCUUGUCUGUGCCUAUAUCUGUCUAUCUGUCCAUCCGUCUGUCUUGCUAUCUGUCUGUCUGUUAGUCCAUCUGUUUAUCUGUCUGUCUGUCUGUCUGUUGGCCUGUCUAUCUGUUUUUCUGUCUGUCUAUCAUCAUUAAUUUUCUGUCCAUUAAUUUACCUAUCUAUAUGUCUGUCUCUCUGUCUGUCAUCACCAUAUUUCUGUCUGUCUGUCUCUAUCUAUCUGUCAUCACUAUAUGUCUGCCUGUCUGUCUGUCUAUCUAUCUGUCUGUCUUCUAUCCAUCUUUAUAUCUGUCUCUCCCUCUAUCUGUCUUUAUGUCUGUCUGUCUGUCUCUAUCUAUCUGUCUGUCCUUAUAUCUUUAUAUUUGUCAAUCCCUCUGUCUGUCUGUCUGUCUGUCUGUCUGUCUGUCUGUCUGUCUAUCUGUUAGUCCGUCUGUUUGUCUGUCGGCCUAUCUUUCUAUUUGCCUGCCUGUCUAUAUGUUAGUCUGUCUGUCUUUCUAUCUGUCUAUCUGGUUAUUUAUCUAGUUGUCUUGCUGCCCUGCACUGGUAUUUAGAUAUAAGUGAUUAUUCUGGUUUGUGACGGUAGUGUUUGUUAACAGAGGUUGUUGUCACAUACUGUUGUGUCUCUGCUGUGUUUAAAUGCAGCAGCUGUGUUGAGUUCACUCGUUCACCUGCUUCAGGUCGCUGAUGUCGCAGCUGUCGAUGCAUCACCUGCGCUCUGCGGUCUGCUGUUGCAUUGCAUUAGGCCGAUCCUCGGGCACAUCUGAAGCUGAUAGCACCUGUGAUCUGUGAAGUGGACAGCCUUAAAAUCAGUCUGUAUUUUCAUGCAUGGAGGAGAAACAACUGCAAAUCCACAUCGAGUGCUGCAGAUUGAUUUACUGACUUAAAGUAUUUAAUUACAUUUUUCCUUAACGUGGCAUUAGCUCCAGUGUUAACAAAAUAGUGUCGCUUUUUCUGUAACAAGCUUUAAUAACCAGCGGUGUAGCACAACAGCAGUUUAUUAGAUGAGUUUGUUCAAGGUUUACUCGGUCCAGUCUGAAGAAAGUAUUCAUUCAAUCAGAUACACUGUGACGUAUCAAAAGUUUGGAAUCAUUAUGAAAUGAUUGAAAUAAAAUGAUUGUUUUAUUCACCAAGGAUGCUUUAAAUUGAUCAAGCAUUAAAGAUGAAUAUGUAAAUGUUAA